ACCGUUCACUGUCUUUGGAUCCGCGCUGGCGUACGGUUUGAGUUUCGUCUCCUGAUCGAAGUGCAUACGUUUUGUCGUCCCCCUCGCUCGAAUCUACCACUGCGAAUCGGUUGAAGAUAAAAGAAGCUAUAACGAUAAUUGUCCUCCUUUUGUGCUUACUGUUGUUCCUUGUGUCCCCUUUCGAGCACCAUUAUAAUCGCCCUCGAGUGUUUGUUCGGGGAAAAAUUGCGUGGAAAUUUUUCACAAACGCGCGCCCGGAACUGCUGUUGGAAAGUGUUGGGGAGCUGUUUUUCUUCGGUGAAAAACUGCGUAUGUUGAAUCGAUAGCAUACCUUGUGCCGGAAUCUACAAGGCGCUACCAUUCCUAGUCAAUUAGUACGGUGUCUGCAAAUUAUCGGUGGUCGAUUUAAUUUGUUUUUCGAAAUUUUCGCGAUAUCCCGGUCAUCCAUAUCCGAACCCGUGGCCGCAGGUGCCAAAAAGAUCCCCUUUUGGAGUGAAAAAGUGUUUACGUAAUUUCGUGAAUUUUCUUGGUUGUGUAAUGUGAAGAAUCGUUCUCGCGUGUGUGCAAUAGAAGAGUAUAAAAAGGGCAGCGCUACCGAGAGUUGGCAAGAAGAAGAAAACGGUUUUAGCAAAUUGUUCGUCGAAAUUCGCUCCGACCGACCGUCGUCGUCGUCCUGUGCCAUUGCCGUCGUCGUUUGAAGGAAGAAAAGAAAUACACCAAAACGGACUCUGCUGCCACUUUGGGUGUAGUUGUGUGAGCCCUUUUGUGGAUCAAACAGGAGCAGCAAAAAAGGUUGCAGCCUUCUCCCCUUCUCGCCGUCGGUCCGACCUUGGUCACAUAGCGCUUGGCCGUGCAGAUCCAUCAAACGCUGAACAGAGCAGCAGUAAACGUCAGGAAUAACCCAAACAGGCAGACAGACGACAGGCUCGCUAGGACGUUUCCGUGUCGUGGUAGAAUAAUCCUCCCGGUCGUGUUGUGUAAUGGCGUUUCUGCGUUCGGUAGCUCGAUGCAAUAGUCUGGUAUCGCGCAAAGUUUCUUCAUCUUCAUCCCCAUCGGUGCUUGGCAGUGGUCUUCCCGCCGGUCAACGUGCUGGAUUCUCGCUCAAUGACCCACUGCUGAUUGCCGGUGACCACCAUGCGUCCCUCGCCUAUCUCUGCCAAACGUUGGCAGGUGGACAACUUCACCAGCGACGGUUUCGUUCAGUAACGGCCACUGCAACGGCUGGAGGGCAUCAUGUGGCCAAACAGCAGCAGCAACAGCAAAAUGACCCAGGCUCCCCCCAUCGGGACCCGCUGGACGUCAGCUUCAAUGACCCGAACGCCGCCUUUAAGAGCAAAACAACGUUCGAGCUGAUCCGAGCCUACUUCGUCUAUCUGCUCUGUUCGUCCGAGUUUCUGGUCGAGAACAACAUGAAGAUCAUGAAGCUAACCAAAGCCAUUAUGGGAGAAAAUCUGUUCGUGCAAUCGAUGAAGAUGACGUUCUACGGACAUUUUGUCGCCGGAGAGGACAGAUAUAGGAUCGUACCGACGCUCGAGAGACUGCGAUCGUUCGGCGUCAAACCCAUUCUUGACUACUCGGUAGAGGAAGAUCUGUCCCAGGAGGAAGCUGAGAAGCGUGAAGUGGAGGCUUCUACAUCGUCCACCGGAACGAACCUAAUGGGCGAGGAAUCCUCGAUGCCGCAGUACAGCGUGGACAAAACGUUCGCCGAUCGGCGCUACAAAGUACAAAGUGCGCGUACCUACUUCUAUCUCAAUGAGGCGACCUGCGAGCGCAACAUGGAAACGUUCCUGGAGUGUUUGGACGCGGUCAAAGGUGCAACCUUUGGAACCGGUAUCACCGCCAUCAAACUAACGGCUUUGGGUAGACCUCAACUGUUGCUUCAACUGUCCGAAGUCAUCAUGAAGGCCCGUAGCUACAUGCGCGAGCUAGCCGGAACGCACGGCAACGUACUAACACAUCACAAGACUAUUCAGGAUCUCGAACGCUACCUGGAGAACGUGACCGACAAGAAGGAGGUCAAAAAGUUCCUCGAGAAGGUCACCUCGGACAAGGAUGGCAUUCUUCAUUUGUUCCCCUGGUCCGGUAUCAUCAACGAAGACUGCGAGCUCAGUGAUACCUUCCGAGUGCCUGAUCCCGUUUCCGGCCAGAUGCGACGAUUGAUCUCCCAGAUUCCCCACAAGGAGGAGGAAAUGUUCCGCAACAUGAUCCGGCGCUUGAACACCAUCGUUAAGGCUGCCCAAGACUUGGACGUGCGUAUAAUGAUUGACGCUGAGCAGACCUACUUCCAGCCGGCCAUCUCUCGCAUCACCCUGGAAAUGAUGCGGAAGUACAACACCGAGAAAGCAAUCGUUUUCAACACCUACCAGUGCUAUUUGAAGGAUACUUACAAAGAGGUUUGCACCGAUCUGGAACAGGCAAAGCGACAGAACUUCUACUUCGGCGCCAAGUUGGUGCGGGGAGCUUACAUCGAGCAGGAACGUGCCCGUGCCGCCGCCCUAGGCUACGAAGAUCCAACGAACCCAUCCUUUGAAGCCACUACCGAAAUGUAUCACAAGACGUUGACGGAGUGCUUGAGAAGAAUCAGGCUUCUGAAAGACGCCAACAUCGAUCCGAAGAUGAUUGCCAUCAUGGUGGCAUCCCACAACGAAGACACUGUCCGAUUCGCCAUCAAGAAGAUGGAGGAAAUCGGCAUCCAUCCGGAGGACAAGGUUAUCUGUUUCGGCCAGCUGCUGGGCAUGUGCGACUACAUCACUUUCCCGUUAGGUCAAGCCGGCUACUCGGCCUACAAGUACAUCCCGUACGGUCCGGUCCAGGAGGUGCUGCCGUACCUAUCACGGCGAGCUCAGGAAAACAAGGGCGUGCUGCAGAAGAUCAAGAAGGAAAAGCGGCUGCUGCUCACCGAAAUCACCAAGAGACUGGCCAAAGGUCAAUUGUUCUACACGCCAAAGGGCAAAUACACGCCAAUCUAAGCAGAAAAAGAAGAAGAAGAAGGAAAAAACCAAAUGCCUCCCGGUGCGGUGUUAGAACUAUUUAAACAAUUUAAGCUAUUUAGACUCUAUAGUAUGUAUAGGUUGUAUAGUGCUUGAAGCAUAAACUAAACUCGAGAUAGCGAUGUUACGUCCCAAGUGAGAUAGACACACCGAAAACACACUAAAUACACCCAUACACGUACACACUGGGCAGAUAGAACGGAACAAAAAAGUUUUAAACACACUGUAGUAGGACCUCAAAUUGAAAUGUGAAACUGUUAGUCGUACUGAAGAAUCCUUAUUUAGAGUUUUAGACUUGGGUUACAUGAUCAGGACAACCAAAUGGACUAGGAAUUUGUGAUUUCUCAUAGAAUCGUUUUAAAUAUUUUUGACCGACCAAGCUAAAACUGAACUCGAACAAUCGGAAUGAUAUUUGAGCUAGGUUUCAGUCUUGCCUGAGCGAUUAAUUAGUUAAGAAAAAGUACAGUCUCGAAACUAUGCAACCCAUCUCGAAAAAAAAAUCAACCAACUAAUCAAAAAGACGUCCCAUGUUUUACGUUUGUUUUUCAAGAAUAUCAUCUGCUUUUACUGCGAAUAAAUUUGUGAUUGUAAUUUUAGUUGCUAGUUUUAACGAUGUAAGCCCGAUGUGAAAAAUAAAGUCACAAUUUUAUCUGUUACGCUCAUAAGGCAGCUGCACCAAAGUGGUAUUACUUUAUUUGAAAAAUUACUGCAAAAAAACUCCUUCUACCGUAUUCGUUCGUGGAGUUUCUCAUCCAAGACUCAUUGUUUUCUCACUCAACUUCCGCACUGUUUCAUAAGGAAAUAUGCAAAACCCCCUAAUCAGAAUUUAGUUUAGUACAGAAACUGCCUCAGGACGACAAAUAGUAGCUACCUACUGCGUAAGCCAGUUACUUGAGAUUACCAUCAACCGAGAAAAAUGUGUUUUACCAAUAAACCGUUCCAGUUAGAAACAGAGUCUAAAUACAAAUCUGCAUGUUACACCAUUUCUUCAACAUAUCCGCGUUUAAUGUAUGUGUACUGACUGUCAAAACGUGAUUUCAACCACGUGGUCGUUCCGAGUUACUUUCAAUCCCGAAGACACACAUCUAAUUAGAACACACAACAUUUUUCUUUCAGCGCCAAACAUACAAACAGGCUAAGGAAUGUUUUAAUCUGUAUACACACAAAAUUCCAUUAUUCUAAAUCCCUUCGUAACCCAAAAAAAGAAAACCAAAACAACACUAUUGAAUGACAAACGCUUUCAAUAUGACACUGAUUACAAUUCAAAUGUUGACAAUAAAAUGUGAAGAUUAAAUCGUAUCGUAACUAAAGAUGGAUAAACUCUUGAAACUAAAACUAAAACCUGUAUGUAUAUUGUGUAUUGUUGUAAGUCGAAUCGUACUGAAGAAGCGGCGUGUGUUGUUGACAUAUUCUGUUCCCAGUAAAUAACCAAAGUUGCUACUUUAAAAACAUUGAAAGAAAUAAAAACACAAUUACCACGAAACAACACACGCACAAAGAUGAAAACAAAACAAACGAGAAGAAAACAAAGUUCUUACAAUAGUGUGAUGUGAAAUGCUGUGUAACAAUGAUUGGUGCAUAUUUUUAGGAAGGAUAACGGGAAAGCGGGCAGAACUUGAAAAAAAAAAAUGGAUAAUUUGGAACAACAAGAAAAACUACAAACAAAAAUUACCUAUUUCAAAUGUACACCAUUCUACAAGCGCAUAUACCUACUAUUAUGGAGGGAAAGAAAAAAAAACAACUAAACAAUUCGUAGUCACAA